AUGAGCUCUGGGACUUCUACAUCGAGAAAUCCUAAUACUUCCUACCACCCACUUGUCGAGAAUUCAUCGCAUCUCGCACCCAGGACACCCCACUCUCGAGCCGGUAGACCAGUUACAUCGUUCAAUGAUAAUGAAACGCGCUAUUAUGAUGACGAAGAUGCUCACAUAAAUAAUACCUCUCACCGAGCUGGUGGAAUGCAGGAUGGAGACGAUAGGGACGAGAUUGAUAUGCUCAACGCACGACAAAACACACCAUUACUCCGUUCGUCCGCGUCAGAUCACUAUCCCGUUCCUCAACCACCACCUCGAGUGUCGCCUUACCCGACGACAUCCACUACGACCCAUGCCAACCGGGAUAGGAGACACGAUGGUUCGUCGGGUCCAUUUAAUACGACUGGCACAAAGACCUUCUUCGAGACGGUGCCCCUUGUGCUCGGGGCAAUCGGGGCUUGUGUGCUCUUCGCGCUCAUUGUUCUGUCCUUCAAUAAACCCGACCUCUUGCAACGAUAUAUCCUCAAGAACUCGACGACCACCGACCCCAAUGUGCUCAAGGAGAUCAAGCAUGCUAUCCAUGGAUGGAUUGAUUAUAUGAAUUAUACGACGUUCCCGUUGGAUCCGUAUGAGUAUGAGGAAGAGUGUUGGAAGGUGUCGCAACACCAUGGGGGUAUGAUGCACCAUGCACAUUAUUGGGAUACGAUCAUGACCCAUGGGCUUAUUCCCGAAUGGAGUACUGAUGGAAGAUUGGAGCAACACCCCUUAGAUGUGUGGCAUCCAAAGAAACCGGGAGUAGAUGGUGUUUGCAGUAGCACGAUCACCUACAUGUUGGAUGGGGAGGUGGGAUUGUUCUAUGAUCUCGCCUUGUUGGCACAGACGGCAGCAUUUGCAAGAGAG